AUGUCUCCUCUUACAAGCUUCCACCGUCUUGCUCACGACACGUUCUCUUCCUUUCUCCUCUCUCUGUCUCAAUCUCAAAGCUCUGAAACAUUCUUCAACACCUUCAAGUCCAUGCCUGCAUCAGAAGAAAUCGUUACCCGAAUCAGCCUCUGGUGGGAACAAGCCAGAGCUAUAGUGAUUGUCCCUGUCUUCAAGUUCCUAGUGACUCUAUGUUUGAUCAUGUCUAUGAUGUACUUCAUUGAGGUACUCUACAUGGGGAUUGUGGUAGCAUAUGUCAAGUUGUUCAAGAGAAAACCAGAGAAAGUUUACAAAUGGGAAGCUAUGGAGGAUGUUGAGUGUGGCAGUGAAACCUUCCCUAUGGUUCUUGUACAAAUACCUAUGUACAAUGAAAAGGAGGUUUGUGAGCAAUCAAUUGCAGCUGCUUGCAAAAUCUCAUGGCCAUCGAAUCGUAUAAUUAUUCAAGUCCUUGAUGACUCCACAGAUCCAGCCAGUAAGGAACUGGUGAGAAGGGAGUGUGAGAGAUGGUCAAGAGAAGGCGUCAACAUAACCUUUGAGAUAAGAGAUAACAGGAACGGAUACAAAGCUGGAGCGUUGAGAGAAGGAAUGAAACAUAGCUAUGUGAAGCAGUGUGACUAUAUUGCUAUCUUUGAUGCUGAUUUCCAGCCUGAACCUGACUUCCUCCACCGCACUGUUCCUUUCUUGAUCCACAAUCCCAAGUUAGCACUUGUUCAAGGCCGUUGGGAGUUUGGUAAAACAUUCCUUUACACACCUUUCCUCAUUUUUGAAAUUUUAAUUUUGCUAAACAUAUCUCAUGUCAUCAUCACAGUGAAUGCUGAUCAAUGCAUGAUGACAAGACUGCAAGAGAUGUCUUUAAGCUACCACUUCACAGUAGAGCAACAAGUUGGUUCUUCAACAUUUGCCUUCUUUGGUUUCAAUGGAACCGCUGGUGUGUGGAGAAUCUCAGCGUUGAAUGAGUCCGGAGGAUGGAAUGAUCAGACAACAGUUGAAGACAUGGACAUAGCUGUAAGAGCUACACUCAGAGGCUGGAAACUACUAUAUCUCCAUGAUCUCAAGGUGAAAAGUGAGUUACCUUGUUCCUUCAACGCCCUACGUAGCCAGCAGCAUCGUUGGACUUGUGGCCCUGCCAACCUAUUCAGGAAAAUGGCUGGAAAAAUAGUAAAAAGCGAGAAUGUUUCUCUAUGGAAGAAGUUGUAUAUGUUGUAUAGCUUCUUCUUUAUGCGCAAGGUCGUUGCUCACAUCCUCACCUUCUGCUUCUACUGUGUUAUCUUGCCAGCGAGUGUUCUGUUUCCUGAAGUCACAGUUCCUAAAUGGGCAACGUUUUAUCUCCCUGCUUUGAUCACUCUCUUUAUAGCAAUUGGUAAACCAAGAUCAGUCUACCUUUUGGUGUUUUGGGUUCUGUUUGAGAAUGCAAUGUCCAUGCUUAGAACAAAGGCUCUUGUCAUGGGAUUGUUUGAGACAGGAAGAGUACAAGAAUGGGUUGUGACAGAGAAACUAGGUGAUGGUCUCAAGACGAAGCUUAUUGGACAAGAAUCUAAAGAACAUCAUGUCAGACUUAAAGAUAGAAUGCAUUUGCUGGAGCUAUUGCUUGGAGUGUACUUGUUGUUCUGUGGAUGCUAUGACAUCAUCUAUGGGAAGAACACACUCUAUCUCUAUGUGUACCUUCUAUUGCAGUCAACGGCUUUCUUCGUUGUUGGUUUUGGAUUUGUGGGCAAAUAUGCUGCUGCUUCCUCCUAAGGUCAUAGAUAGAUCAAAGAAGUCUUGAUAUGUUUCAAAAGGUUAUUAGUUGAUACUAUAUUGAGAAUACCUUUUUUUGUUAGGAUGUCUGAGAAAAAUGCUAUAACAUACACUUGUAUUUACCCACUGUAGUGUUUGUAAUACAAACUCUUCUUGGCAACGUUGUGCUUCUGAUUUUUCGUCCUCACAUCGCCAAUUUUUAACCAGAAGCAACAGAUGGUUUCCGGUUCGAACGGGAUCAAAACCGGUUUGUU